AGUAAUCCGCGUGGAGAGUGCUCAGUAGAUAGCGGCCAUUCUUCGCCGCCAAUCGCUUGUAUCAAAGGAAAUGUAAAAACUCCGCCAUAACGGGAUUAACCUGCAUUUGUGUAAUUUGUGCGUGCAAACAUGGAUUUAAACGAAUUGAGUGAAUACCAGACACGGUCGACAAUCACAUUGGCACGACAGGACCAGUUGGGAAGAGACACCAAAUAUGACCCGUUUGAGCACAGAAACGUCACUCACCCUACUUCGACAGUUGGAUCUUUCUUCCAUCUUCUAAAAUCCUCGCUGGGCUCAGGGCUGCUCGCCAUGCCGGCCGCAUUUAAACACAUCGGCGUAAUUCCUGGCGUCUUCGGCACAGCCCUAGUCGCACUUAUCGCUACACACUGCGUCCACAUAUUAGUAUCUACGUCACGAGCACUGUGUGAAGAAAGCAGAGUAGCUUCGUUGAGCUACGCCGAGACGUGUGAAAAGGCUUUUAAAUAUGGCCCAAAGAUUAUUAGGAGAUUUUCUACACAUGUCAGACACUUUGCUGACUUUGCCAUGGCCGGGGUUUGCUUGGGGGGAACGAGUGUCUACGUUAUUUUCAUCGCCUCCUCGCUCAAAGAUAUAUGCGACCACUUCUACCCAUCUCACGUGUACUCGGUCAAAACCUACUGCGGUUUCCUUCUACUCCCGCUCAUCUUGACCUCCCAGAUCCGACAUCUCAAGUUCCUUGUCCCUUUCUCCCUUCUGGCCAACCUCUGUCUCCUUCUCACCUUUCUUAUCACUUGUUACUACACGUUCCAAGGGAUACCGAGCGUGGGACCGGAUAAAUUGGCAGUUAGAGUCACCCAAUGGCCCCUUUUUUUAAGCACAGCCAUCUUCGCGAUGGAGGGCAUCAAUGUGGUGAUGCCCGUCGAGAAUGAGAUGGCGAACCCGAGGCGCUUCCUCGGGUGCCCUGGGGUACUGAACGUGACCAUGGUUUUCGUGGCUACCCUGUACGGUGUGGUAGGCCUGUUCGGCUACUUGAAGUACGGCGACGAGGCUCAAGGAAGCGUCACUCUGAAUCUCCCGCAGGAUGAAAUCCUGGCGAUGGUUGCGAAAAUUCUGGUGGCUGUAGCGGUAUUCUUCACAUAUUGCCUGCAGAUGUACGCGCCAUUAGACAUCCUCUGGACUCGAGUACAGAGCUGCAUAUCUGUGAACUACCAUAAUCUGGGGCAAGUCGUUCUCAGAACACUGUGCGUCGCUCUCACAGUAACCCUGGCCAUCGCAGUGCCGGACCUGGAGCUGCUGAUAGGUCUGGUAGGCGCCAUCUUCUUCUCAACCCUGGGCCUCCUCAUCCCCGUGGUGGUUCAGACCGCCCAUUGCUGGGACAGGGACCUAGGUCCGUAUCUGCUGGUGCUGUGGAAGAACAUCCUGCUGUUGCUGUUCUACUUACUGGUUCUAGUUUCUGGUUGUUACGUGUCUGUUACUGAAUUGGUUGCAAAGUUUUCUUAAUACUUAUUCG